AUGUGUACCAUGAUUGUUGGAAAAAAUCUUGCCCCUCAUCUAAAGAGUAUGGCGGGUGUCUGGUAUAUUGGGCAAUCAGAUUCCCAUAUACCAGCGGCAGAAGCCGCCACCGCCGCCUGGACCGCCGCCUUCCCGCCGCACAAACUGGCCGGUGCCGUCGAGUUCUGCCAAGCAGAGAUCCUCAAUCUUAUCAUAGACAAUCUUGUCAACGCCACGCCACAGACAUUGUCCGACCCAAAGACGACCCCGCCGGAGGAGAUGGAGGCCAAGUAUACGAGGACGGUGUCCAUGAGUUUGAUAAGCUACGCAAACCUACUUGAGGCAAUAGAAAAAACUGUCCCGGAGAAACAUAAACCCUUGCUCGACAGCCAGAAAUUCUGGAAGCUUGCUAAACAUAAAGCGGGAAACAUCAGAAAAUCUUUUUUUGUCGCUGUAACACAACUUUGCAUAAAGAUGCCAGAAGAAAUCCAGUUAAGAGGAGUGCAGGUUGUCCCGGCAGUUCUCUGUAAUCUCCAGGAUACCGAAUCCGGAGACGCUGUAUGGACGUGUACCCUCCAGCUCCUCUCCAUUCUUCCAACCGCCUGGACACUCACAUCGCCACACAAGGCGGUGUUCCCGGCGGUGUGGAAACUACUAGGGGCGGGUGGGGCCGGGUAUGCUCGGCGGGUGUACCCCUACCUCAUGCCGUUCAUCAGCAGAAUACCGGUGUCCGUGAUGGAGGACCCGGAGAAGUUUACAACACGAUGGUUUACAACAAUGCUGGAAGGAUUGGACGCCGUCAAGAAAAAGAAGAAUUCGUCCGAGAGUGAAAUAAUCGUUCAAUCCUUCCUAGAAUGUAUGUUUUAUUAUCUUAACCUGAAAGAGUUGAAUUCACAUAUCAAGACUAAACUUGUCCGAGAAUAUCUGGUUCCUGGGGUUAGAGAGAACCCGUCUUGUCCUGGUAUGUUUUCAAUCCUCUCCGAUUACCUCCUCUACUGGGAUAAGAUCUCCGGUAGUAACUCUGAGACUGAUCAACUCAAUCUACUCUUCUGGGCUGAACUAAAAUACGAAUCUUCAAAACCUGAAAACCAGUCAAUCGACUUUUUAGUUUGUCUCGGUAAAGCCAUGGAAAAGAAAGAAAAAGGAGAAAGUAAGGGUGAAAAAGGAAUUGUGAAACCCGUUGGAGAACUGAUUAAAAUUUUAGAAACCAGAUGGACUUCAGAGGUUGAAAACCUUUCUACUCCCGGAAAGGCUGAAACUAGUUUAGAUACUCUUUACAAAAUUCUCAGCAACUUCGGCCAAUACGCGGAAAUUUUCGGCCAUGGGAUGGAUGAAAAUAACAUGGUCGAUUUUUAUCACACAAAAAUAAUUCCACUACUAUCCAAUUUGAACCUAGAGGAAUCUCUAGCAAGGUUUACUUGGACCCUAGCAAACAGACUCUCCGAGGUUGAAGCACUGAACGCCCUCGAUAUGUUCGUGAAGAAAACCCGGCCUCACCUCAUCUCUCAGUUAGUUAACGAAGCUAAGAGGUCGAGUAGCACACUGUUCAGCUCCUGGUUGUGCAGUGUAUCCGUGCAGGAGAUGGUGGUCGAGGUCGCCAACAACCUGAUCCAUCAUCUGGUGGAAGGACACACACAGGAAAAUGAGAAUUGGAACACUAUCAAAUCUAUUCUAGACUCGGGAGUGCCUACUCCGGAGCAGACACAACAGAAACUGUUUUCAACCUUCCUGGACGGAUUGAAUAGUAUCCGGAACAAGGAGAACCGUCCUUCAUCCUCUAGAGUAGUUGAGUUCAUCUGUGAUCUGCUCGGUCUGCUAACUAUCUCCCAUCAAGAUGUUGUGGCUGAGAGCUCAGGGACGGAGCUGAUUAAACUCAUCUUCUCCAUGCAUAGUUCUGGAUUCGGAGAAGGAACCCGGAGAAAGCUGGAACAUUGUUGGAUCUCGGCAGUUCAAAAUCAACCCAAACUGGCAAAUGCACUUUCUCUAAAAAUAUCCGAACAACUUAUUAAACCUGUCUGUAUGGAUGAGCUUGACAGACUGAAGAGAAAAGCUAGCUCCUUGGCUAGAGUGGUGAGUAAGAAAAAUAUUGAAUUAUUGGUGGAAAACCUAGAGAUUAUGAUCCCUGACGUGGACUGGAACCUAGCGGAGCAGGCCUGGUAUAGAACAGUAUUUGAUCAGAAGCAGUUCAAAGAUUCAAUAUCGGAGAAGUUCGGGUACAGUUUAAUUCAGCAAGCAGAGAUAGAACCUAUUAAUCUCAUUCUUCCAAACAGGACCCUUAUAUUCCUCUCCGUUCUCUCCCAGGGGUUAGGUAUAGAUUUCAGCUCUGUGAUAGAGCCUGCUACGGUCCUGGAUGAGGAAAGAUUUAACCUUCCAGAGAGCUUUCUUAAGAAUGACAAGUUAAUGAAUCGUCUUUGUGAAGCUCCGUUUGUUGUUGUUUACAUGCAGAACCUGGUUCGGGAUAAGAACUGUAGUGCUGAUAUAACCAACCUGGAGUCAGAACUCAACCUUGCCGCAUCCAGUCUCUUCUCCAAGCUGAGCAAAGUGAACCUUGAACGUAUUGAGCAGACUGUGUUCAGUCGGUGUGAUGAGGAAUAUUGGGGACUGGCAUUACAGUGGAUACUUGGGCUAACAUACAAGUAUUCAGAGUGGGAUAUCAGGCUCUCCAGGUUUACUGGGUUGGACGGGACGGAUAUUGAGAGUAACUACAAUACUCUGGUCUCUCUCAUGGAGUUAACUUCUCAGUAUAAUAUAGGUUCAGGAACAAUAUCAUCCUCUCUCAGUCUUGCUGUUGGAAAACUUGCGAGCCUUGAAGGAUUAAUCACCAAAGAAUCCACGCAUAUCCUAUGGUUUGUAACACAGUGCUUAAACCUGGCUAGGACGGGUUUAAGAUUACAUAUCUCCGGAGUCUCUGAGUUCAGCGGAGAAAUUCAAGCAGUCCUGGAGAUGGUUGUCAAUUGGAAAACAGAGACAGAAGAUCAGCUCCUUUACAAUACAGAUUUGAGUGAGUACAGCUGGUCUGAGAUCAACAAGGUGUGUACAGUAUGUAACCUGCUCCACCUCGUAGUCUCCAAGUACCCGGAUCUAAUUCAACCCCAGGUCUGGGACCUGAUAACCUGCAGUCUUGUAUCCUGGGUUGGAACACUACAGGAGAGCAAGGACAGUCUUACUUCCAGAGCUGGUUCUAUGAUGUUCUCAGUAUCCUGCUCCAGGCUGGCAGCAAGUGUAGCAGCUAUUUUAGGUCCUAAAGGUCAUCACCCAUCUUUAUCCCUGCCCAGACCUUGCUCUGUCCAGGUUCCGUUGGAUAAACUCCGGGAGGAGUGGGACGAAUUCUUUUCUCAGGGUAUAUUCAUGAUUCUAGUUCCUCUCUAUAUUCAGGUUUGUGCUGGUAAGGAACAUCUGUACAGCUGUAAUCUACUGAGUACAGCCCUAGGCCAGGCUCUUGUACACGCCCCUCUUCCUCUUGUACUUCAGUGCGAACUCCCUCCUCUUUAUCUUGUACAGGAUGUUGAUGCCCCCUCUCUGCCUGAUAAUAUUACAUUUAUUUUCAACCAUUUUGGUCCUCUACUCCUUUCCAACUGUCGGAGCAGUCAAGUGACAGCUGCUCACAUACUGGCAGCUGUCACACAGGAAAUACCAAAGAAUGUUGAUGUAUCUGGGGAUAGUGAGGAGAACGAGGUUCCUUUACGACUAGUUGAAGCACUGCAGCUGGGAGAACUUCUCCUUUCAACCCUCCUGGUGGAGUUCUCUAUCUCUGACCCUGUCGGAGAAAUACCGACCGGAACCAUUGCUUUCUCACAGACAUUUGGAUAUUUGCUAGCUUGGCGAGUUAUACUGCGUUUACUUGAGAAAUCCAGCGAUGAAGUUCGACCUCGGUAUUCACAGUAUCUUGAGAGCCGAGGACACAUCUCUCAUCUACUCUCUAACAUCUUCAAACUGCUACCUCGUGGUACUGGUCAGCUAGAGCUGGUGUUUGCUGCUCCUUUGCUAGAGGUCGGAGCAGAUACUUGUAGUACAGAGCUGCAACAGCUAGCUGCUUUAUGCUGGACACAGGUUUGUGGUCAUUUGCCCGCAUCUGCUCGUCAAUGGUGGAGUAAACUGGACAGAGAAAGCCAGGGGACUGUAGAGAGGAUCACGUGUAGCUACGUGACCCCGGCCCUCUGGACCCAGGAGGUCAACAUCAUCGCUGCAGCGGAGAAGUGUGAGAACCUGACCUUGAAGGUGCGGGACUCUGUGCGGGAGGUUGUAGCGACCUACUCUAUAGACGAGGGGAGUAUGGAGUUAGUGGUGUCCCUGCCCAGUAAUUAUCCUCUAGGAGGACUCAAUGUAGAUUCUGGGAAGAGAGUUGGUGUAGAAUCUGGUCAGUGGAGGAAAUGGAUGUUGCAGCUGACCACCUUCCUAAUCCAUCAGAACGGAAGUAUACACGAGGGGUUAAACCUUUGGAAGAAGAAUGUGGACAAACGUUUUGAAGGAGUAGAGGAGUGUUAUAUUUGCUUCUAUAUCCUGCAUGGAUCCAAUCACCAGCUUCCUAAACUGGGCUGCAGAACUUGUAAAAAGAAGUUUCAUUCUGCCUGUCUGUAUAAAUGGUUUUCUACAUCCAACAACUCAUCUUGCCCACUGUGCAGAAAUUUAUUUUAAGUCCUGGAACUAAUGAGGUUCAACAUCAAACAACUUGUUUUUCGCACUGUGUAGACGUGAUUGGAAUUUGCGUAACAAUGGUUUUAUAUCAAACAUCUUGCUGAAGAAAUUUAUUAGGAGUCAAGAGUCUGGAUAAUAAUGAUUUUCAAUACAAAAUAACUUGGUUUGCUCAUUGUGCAGAAAUAUUCUAAAAAAAAGAAAUAAGACAAUUUUAAAAAAACUGUACAUGAAAUAUACCCCCAGUAUUUCCUCCUGUGUGUACAAGAUACAGGGUUGUACACCCCCCCCCCCCUAACCCUACUGGUCUAAGUGUUCAAAAGCAUUUAUGUGAUCUUUUAAAACAAAUAAAUGCACUGUUUUGGUUAAGCACCUAAAAAAAUCAUUAAAAUUAAAUGUUUCAUAAAAUGUUAAUUCAUGUUAUCUCUUUGUUAUGUUGUGAUAUAGACUAUAAUAUUGUGAUAAAAUCAACCGGAAGUACAUUUUCAUAGAUCAAAAUAAUUUUAAAUGUUAAAAUUAGAACAAAAUAACAAAAUUUUAUUUUAAGAAAAAAAGGCCUAAAUAAAUAAGUGAAUGAAUUAGUUUACGUAAAUAAUUGUUAUCCACAAGGAAUAUUUGAUUUUUUUUAGAAGCGCACCGUUAUACAUUGAUGUAAACCGCACAUAGUUUAAAAGGAUGGUCUGAUUGUUUAUUUUCAGA